AUGCGGUGGUAUUCGGAUGCUGUGAUGCGUUACAAUCCGGGGAGUUAUGUCAAUAUUGAUUAUGAUGUGAGUAGUCAGCAGUUUUGUUGUUUCUUUGUAUCAUUCAUUGCGUGUAUUUCUGGUUACAAUUCUUGUUGGCCUUUGCUAUUCCUAGAUGGAACAUUCCUUAAAGGAAAAUACAAAGGUCAGCUACUUGCGGCAACGGUGAAAGAUGGAAACAAUGAUCUAUUCCCUGUUGCAUUUGCGAUUGUUGAUUCAGAGACCAAGGUCAAUUGGUCGUGGUUCUUGCAUGAACUUGGGAAGGGUAUUGAUGAACAAUUUAAGAGACUGGAUGAAAGGAUUGAUAAUGGAUUUAGGGAUCACCUAGUUAGUAGUUUGGGUGACUAUGCUUACGAGCCAACUGUGGUAGGGUUCCAUGAAAAACUUGAGAAAUUAAAAGAGGAGGGUAAGCAACGAACACAUAAUUUUUUCAAGGACUUGGCACCUGAGCAUUGGACAAAUUCAUACUUCAGGGGCAUGAGUUAUGGGGAGAUGACAUCCAAUGCGGCGGAGCCAUUUAAUAAUUGGAUUAAAGAAGCACGCAAUCUUCUUAUCACUCAAAUGAUGGACACAAUUCGUACUCAGUUGAUGCGGCAAAUGUCUGCAUGA